AGGUAUUAGCGGGAGCAGCCGGGCGGCGGGAGGAGCCGUUACUGUAGCUGAAGCUGUCGGUGAGUGCCAGCCGCGGAGCAGGACCUGGUUUGGAGAACAGUGGAGGCCAGGUAGCUGUUCCAGGCUGUCAGUGCCUUCUUUUGCCAGCCAAGGUCACAGAGAGUGUGACACCUUCAGGGUUAACCCUGAUCGAGAUGACAACCUCCCAAAAGCACCGAGACUUCGUGGCAGAGCCCAUGGGGGAAAAGCCAGUGGGGAGCCUGGCUGGAAUUGGUGAAGUCCUGGGCAAGAAGCUGGAGGAAAGGGGCUUUGACAAGGCCUACGUGGUCCUUGGCCAGUUUCUGGUGCUAAAGAAAGAUGAAGACCUCUUCCGGGAAUGGCUAAAGGACACAUGUGGUGCCAAUGCCAAGCAGUCCCGGGACUGCUUCGGGUGCCUUCGAGAGUGGUGCGACGCCUUCUUGUGAUGCUCUCUGGGGAGCCCCCAACCCCUGACCCCAGCCUUGAGUCUCCAGAGUUUGCAGCUGAGUGGGGGCUCCUCCUUUGUCCCCUACAAAAGAAACAGUUGCUGUCUACUCACCUCCGAUGUCCUCCAGGGUCUUUGUGGGAGUUCUCUCCCCUCACCAUUUCAACUUUUUUGGAAUUCUUGCUCUUGCAUGCAUCUCCCUUCUUCCCCUCCCAGUUUCACAUCAGUAAUUAUUAGCUUUUCUGAGUGGAUUCCUGGCCCCUUCCCUCACCCCCACCCUCACCUCUCGUCUGUUUUAUGCCAUUUGGCUUCUCUUUUGGGAGAACAGUCACUGUCCAUAUAAAGUUUUUUGAGUCAAUAAAGUAGUGGCCUUCAA